AUGCCAGACAAGGCUCCCGACAAUUUGAGUAAGGAAGAAAGAUCCGCCUUACAAUCAUUAAAGAAUCGGGAUGACAUUGUAAUCAAGAAAGCAGACAAAGGCUCUACAGUAGUAGUACUUGAUAAAGAGAUGUACAUGUCGGAGGCCAAUAGACAACUCUCAGACGAGCGUUUCUAUAAGAAACUGGACUCUGACCCUACUAAAGAAUUCUCCACCGCCAUCACCAAAACUCUUGACGAAAUAUACACAAAGAAUAUGCCAGGUAUGACAGGUCGUCCUAUAGUUAGCGCAAUUGGACAUCCCACGAAGAAAAUUUCUGAAUACAUUGAUUUACAUCUCCAUCCACACGUAGAGAAUUUGCCAUCCUAUCUUAAGGACACCACGGACUACAUUAACAAGACGCCCUCUACUGGCCUUCCAGAUCAUACCCUUCUCGUGACUAUGGACUUCACAUCUUUGUACACAAAUAUUCCGCACAAUGAGGGUAUCGAAGCCUGUAGAGAAGUCUGGGAUAGUAGAUCCAUACAAAUUCCUUCUACCGAGUCCCUUGCCAAGCUCCUUGAAUAUGUUCUCAAGUAUGACAACUUCAUGUUUAAUGGAGAACAUUUACUGCAGGUUAAUGACACUACUAUGGCCAACUGGCUGUCAUCCCUCACACACAUUUAA